AUGGGUCUCAUCAAGGGAGUCCUGAAGCUCACCACCUAUGGAGGGCUCGCCUCGGCGGGCGCCUUCUUCUACACCACGCGCAAUGACGUCUUCGUGCCCAUGUCGCCCACGGAUCCCAUCUUCCAGUCCGCCGCCUACCGCAAGUUCAAUCCCGAACAAAACCCAACCACCCACGACCUCUGCGUGCGCAAAGUACCUCUGUCCGACAUUAACCCGACCUUAUUAGAGAAGAAGGGCAAGCUGGCCGAAGCCUUCUGUGCUGGAGUCUGGAGCGGCUGGGGAUAUGCCUUCCAACGUGCCUACCUCGCCCGGAAAUACCAAGGUCCCGAGACCGCGAACCACCUCUGGGAACGGCCAGAACUGAAGGCCUCCACUUACGAUGUCGGCACCCUCAUUACCGACCACUUCGAGGUUAUUGAGAAGACCCCCGAGCGGAUUGUAGUCCGCUGCGGUGACAGCCCCCGUAAACAGGACGUCCGCGAAUCAGACGGCCUCUUCGAAAUGUCGGCCGUCGUUAAGCCCGAGGAAGGAGUUGCGGAGUUUGCUCUCAAGAGCUGUUUCUACAAAGGAAAAGGGAAGGCUGACAGCCAGCCGAUGCCGCCGCAUAUUCUCUGGCUGCAUAAGCAGUAUACCAAGUUGUGGGCUGAGACGGCUAUCCGCAAUGUUCUCCGCCAGUGA